AAUUAGCACUUUUAUAUUAUUAUUAUUAGUAAUUGUGUUAAUAUGUUGAGCAAUGAUACUUUUUUGGCCAGAAUUGACUCCGAAAUUAAGGAGAAAAAAUUCUACGAAUCCAUGCAACACAUUCUUACACUCAUUAAACGGCUUGCUAUGCGAAAGAAAUAUGACGAAUCUCUUGAAAUUUUAUACAAAUAUUCACUCAUUUAUCUUGAUGAAAAAGAGUAUAUAUUGGCUGGUGAAUUAAUGGAUGAAUAUACGAAACUUUGUGAGACUUAUAACAUUCCUCUCAAUACCAAUAUCGUAAACCAACUCGUUACAGUUUUUCAAUUCCCCUAUUCACACAUUACAUACUCUAACACUAAUAAUAGUGGUGCUAAUAAUGUGGAUACCAAUACUGCUAGCCCUAAAAGUACUAAUGAAAACACCAAUAAUAUUAUUGAUAAGAAUAAAUUGGAGGAGAUAAUGCUAUUGUAUGUAAAAUAUAUGAAUAGGGCGAUAUUAUAUAGUAAGAGUGUGGAGGAGCCUAAUGGUAAUCCUAUUUUGCACAGGGUUUUAGGCGUGUAUUACUUUCACGUAAAUGAGUACAGUAAGGCCCAGGGUAAUUUGAUAUAUUCUCAAGAUGUUGAGCUUUUACUGAAGGUUGUUAAUGAGUGGAAGGCUGAAAGUGACGAGGAUGACGGUGAUUUCUUUUACUUAAGAGCUGUUCUUAUGCUAUUGGCUGUUGGUGAUGUCUGUAAUGCAAAGUGUUUUUUAUAUUUAUUAGAUUAUAAUUUAGAAGAUCAUGAGUUACCGAUACCAAUCCAAUUUGGGAACGUAUUGAGUGAGAGCUGUGAGAUCAGGAACUUUGAACUAUUCAAGGAAGCUUGCGAGACCUACAAGGAUUUGAUUGAACUUGACAGUGAAUACCCACACUUACUAAACAGGAUUAAAGAAAUUUAUUUCAAGGACAAUCCGGACCCAUUCAACUCAGAUAAUAACUUCGAAAGCACCAUUUCUAACCUUUUACAAUCUCUCAUUUAAUUAUUUUCUAAUACUUAACUAUAAUUUACCUGACUAUAUA